CCAUCCAGACCAGACCAGGGGGGUAUCAGGGACCCAGGCACUGUGCCCAUCCCCCCUGCCAUGUGGGAACUGCGCUCAGCCUCCUUCUGGAGGGCCAUAUUCGCCGAGUUCUUUGCCACCCUCUUCUAUGUCUUUUUUGGGCUGGGCGCCUCACUGCGCUGGGCCCCCGGACCCCUCCAUGUCUUACAGGUGGCUUUGGCCUUUGGCUUGGCCCUGGCUACGCUGGUGCAAGCUGUGGGCCACAUCAGUGGAGCCCACGUCAACCCAGCAGUCACUUUUGCUUUCCUUGUGGGCUCCCAGAUGUCCCUGCUCCGGGCCAUCUGCUAUAUGGCAGCCCAGCUCCUGGGGGCUGUGGCUGGGGCCGCUGUGCUGUACAGUGUUACCCCAGCUGCCGUCCGAGGAAACCUAGCACUCAAUACGCUGCAUCCUGGGGUGAGCUUGGGCCAGGCUACCACGGUGGAGAUCUUCCUGACGCUCCAGUUCGUGCUCUGCAUCUUUGCCACAUACGACGAGAGGCGGAAUGGCCGCCUGGGCUCUGUGGCCCUGGCCGUUGGCUUCUCCCUCACCCUGGGGCACCUCUUUGGGAUGUAUUAUACUGGCGCAGGCAUGAAUCCUGCCCGCUCCUUUGCUCCUGCCAUUCUUACCCGGAACUUCACCAACCACUGGGUGUACUGGGUGGGCCCAAUCAUUGGAGGGGGUCUGGCCAGCCUCCUCUACGACUUUCUCCUCUUCCCCCGGCUCAAGAGUGUUUCUGAGAGACUGUCUAUCCUCAAGGGUGCCAGGCCCAGUGACUCCAAUGGACAACCGGAGGGCACAGGGGAGCCUGUUGAACUGAAGACCCAGGCCCUGUAAAAGUUCCAGCUGCAGAGAGGGAGUAGAGAGCUGCUGGGUUUAUGUGGAGGGGCUGAGCCCACCUUUAGAUGAAGAAAGAGACUGUGGGAAGGGGCAUGUACUUCUUUAUUUUUUAACUUAUGUGUGUGUUUUUUUUUCCCCUUUUGCUGUGUGAAAUCUUUCAAGUUGCAUUCAUGAGCUGGUUGGUGCAAACUUCCCUUCCUCCCCAUCUCACCUCCCUUCGCCGUGUGUGCAGGAACACGACUGUGCGUAUGAAUGUGGGUGCGUGUGGUUGUGUCUGAGUUUCGGGGCAUGAGAGUCAGGGAAGGGAAAAGUGUCCCCCCACAGUCCAGUGUGGUGAGCACCUGAUUUCUGGGGGAGCAGGGAAGCACGGAGCUGCUCCUCUCAAGAGGCAGAUGGAGAGAAGAGGAGGAAACGACGCCUUCCAAGGGUUGGGAGAAGGAGCUCUCCAGGGUUGUGGGGGAGACAGGAAAUGGAGGAAUCAGCCCCAGACCAGGAUGCAAGUGUACCAAAAAUUUUAGGGAAGUAAACAAGAGUAUACAGCCUGCUAACCUCAGGGAUGCUUGCCCAGGGACUUGGGUGCGGAAGUAACUCUGAGAAAAGUGAACGCUGGGAUUUGAGCUGUUCUGUAAAGCCACAUAAACCUGUCUACAUCCA